UUUUGAAAAUUUUGCUAUAUAGGAAAGAUUUUGAAAUUUUUUGACCUAAAAAAAAAAUAAAGCAUUGACGGAGGAUUAAAAUUUUCUUCACGUACGGAAAAACCAGACCUAAGAUUUCAAAAACAGAAGAAAAAAAAAAAGAAGAAAGAGAAAAAUGAUGGCCAACUGCUCUGUUUCUCCAUCCAUUGAGCAUCUGUUUCAGACCUUCAAUAGUCUUCAACGCCUUGCCGAAACGCAUCGUUUCAAGGCAUGGUUCUUGGAUCAAUUUGGCGUCCUUCAUGAUGGCAAACAACCUUACCCAGGGGCGAUUUCAACAUUGGAAAAGCUGGAGACCACUGGUGCCAAGAUGGUGAUUAUAAGUAAUUCUUCAAGACGUGCAUCAACGACAAUAGAGAGAAUGAAGAGCCUAGGCUUUGAUCCUUCUCUCUUUGUAGGAGCCAUCACCAGUGGAGAAUUAACGCAUCAGUACUUGCAAAGUAGAGAUGAUGCCUGGUUUGCUGCGCUUGGAAGAUCUUGCAUUCAUAUGACCUGGAGUGAAAGGGGUGCUAUAUCUCUUGAGGGUUUGGGCUUACAAGUUGUUGAGAAUGUUGAAGAAGCUGAUUUUAUCUUGGCUCAUGGCACUGAAGCCUUGGGGCUUCCUUCAGGUUCUGUACGUCCUAUGAAACUUGAGGAUCUUGAGAAAAUAUUGGAGUGUUGCGCAACUAAAAAGAUCCCCAUGGUGGUAGCUAAUCCAGACUUUGUGACCGUUGAAGCUAGAGCUUUGAGUAUCAUGCCUGGUACAUUGGCAGCCAAAUACGAAAAGCUUGGUGGUGAAGUGAAAUGGAUGGGGAAACCAGAUAAGAUAAUAUAUGAAUCAGCUAUGGCCAUGGUCGGUGUGGAUGCUUCUGAGUCUAUUGCUGUGGGUGACUCUCUUCAUCAUGACAUUAAGGGUGCAAAUGCAGCUGGAAUCCAGUCAGCAUUUAUCACUGGAGGGAUCCAUGCAACUGAACUUGGACUCCACAGUUUUGGACAAGCUGCAGAUUUAUCCUCUGUACAAGAGCUUGCAUCCAAAUAUGAUGCAUAUCCAACAUAUGUGUUACCAGCAUUCACAUGGUAGAAUUUAAUCCUGAUUCAGAAUUUUUGGGGUGUCCACUUAUUGCAGUGGCUGGUAUUGGCUGGCUGUGGGCUUUAGCUGGGUAUUGAGUGGUGGCAAUGAAUGGUGUGGUUAGAGAAUUAAGA